CAGACACCAAGCAGUUGGCACCAGGGCGCUCGACGGGACACCGCCAGACGGGCAGGGAGGGCCCCGCGCAAUACAUCACGAGCAGCGAGGAGCCAGAGGAGGGGGGAGACAGGAGGCGGGAGGGAGGGGGCUCGAGCAGGGAGGAGGGAGGAGGGAGGAGGAAAGAAUGGAUGGGGGGCCAGACGCCCAAUAGAAUGAGAAACCAGAUGCCAUUACGAUAAUGGAUUUACAAAUCACCAUUCGACGUUGAUGAAUCAUUGCGUCGGGAGCUUGAUUGGGGAAUUCAGCGUCGUUCUGCUAACAUCCCUUCGGGGCCCCUGACAGAUCGGGAAUGGUGCCCUCGACGUCCUCGACCCCAGUCGAAAUGCGGAGCGUCUCGCUCUCCGCGACCGCGGUAUUCCUCGGCUCAUCCAUCCGUUGCGAGCGCAUCAUCGAAGACGAGUGUGCGAUGAGCGUGCGGCUGUCGCCAAGGUCCGCCACGAGGGAGAUCAUCGUGUCCGAGUCCAGGAGCUCCUCCCCGGAGCCGUACCCUCCCUUGAGCCCGAAGGUGAGGAGGGCGGCGGCGCCUUCCGGGCAGCACUUCUGGUGCAGGCCACGGGACUUCUGUCAUCCUGCAGGCCGCCGUUGCGGACCCAAUGGGUCUUCCCGUGCUUCUGCAAGAAGUGAGCAUGAGCCAGUGCCAAGACGUUCUCCGUGUGCUUCCGCAUUGGCCAAACCCGCGUAUCCAUUCCCAUUGAGAUCAAAACGUGUUGAAAGGGCUGAUGCACAUCGCUAUAUGGCGUAGGCAGAAAGUGCACGCCGCAAUGAUGAAGGCGAGAACGGUCUUUCGUAGAGUCCCGAAUAUGCCAGCCACAGGACCAUCUUUGCCGAAAGUCUCACACACGUUCAUGCCGUCAUAGGAAUCGCACGGGUCUGGCAGAAUCGGGAACUUGCCAGAGCCCCAGUCGAGGUCGAACUUCUGUACGAUGAAACCGCCGAUGGUGUUGCCAAGGCCACACAGACCGUUGGUGUCGCGGUGCACGGUUGCGCAAGCGCCGUGCACACAUGGGCGAACCAGGAAGGAUGCGGCAAUUCUGCCGACCACGAUCAGAGGGAAUCACUUCUUGUGCGCAAUACCUGCCAGCUUCUCCACGGCGGGGCCACGACAACGUUGCUUAACUGAUGCUGGGAACCAAGCUGUUGGAAAGCACGAAACACACAUUCCUACAUUUCCUAUCUGCGAAUGGAAAUGACUUCAUUUACAGCAACAACCCAGAAGUCAAAAGCACUGGCGAGGGGAAGGGCCAGUGGGAGCGCAACGAAGCGGCAAGAACCUUGCGGUCCGCAGGCAGCCUCUCCGGCGCCCCUGCGGGGAUCUCUCAAGCGCCGGCCCGGAGCCUCGAAUCCUGCCUGGGACCGUAUCGACGCGGCCCGGGGGGCCUCUGGGCAGGGGGACGACGAGGAGGAGGAGGAGGAGGAGGAGGGGGAGGGGGAGGGGGACGAGGAGGAGGGGGACCCGCCUCUGUGCUGGCUGGGGCGAGUGUCGGGGUCCACCUGCGCACUCCAUCCGCUGCACCCCGAGCGCUCUGCGCGGCGUUUCUUGCCCACUCAAGCUGCAAUGCCACCUCGCGGCGCCGAUCGAAGGCCCCCCCCCCCCGAGCGCAGCACCGCCGAGGCAGCGCCGCGCGGGGCCCCGCGUGGAGGCGCCCGGCGGCGGACCUCGCGCCGGGCGGGGCACCUGCCGCCGCACCGCUCUGCCCGGGGCCUCUCGCCGGCGCGGGUGCGGCGAGCCUGUGGCGGCCAGCGGCUGCCCAGCGGCUGCCCGGCGGGCGGCUGCCCACGUCGGCUCUGCGACUGGGUCGCGAAGCGUGCCGCCCCACACGCGAGGCCUGCCCCCAAAGGCUGAGGAGGAGGAGGAGGAGGAGGAGAAGGAGGAGGAGGAGGACGAGGAGGAGGAGGAGGAGGGAAGGAGGCACACGCGAGGCCUGCCC